CAUUGUGCUUUAUUUUAUUCCGUUGUCAUAUCAGAAUGAUUAUGAAUGACUUUCGAUGUGUUUCUUGUUGGCUGAUAUAAUAGUUGAAUGACGUCAUUCAAGUAAGUGAUGUAUGUAAUGUUUCGUAAGUGAGUCAAUGUAUCGCGUGUCGGUGAUUGCGACUGAUGCUGUAACACAUUUGUAGAUUUAUUACUGCAUCACUAUCAAUCCACUGUAUGAAUAUAAUCAUAGCGCUGUGUGAUUUGUCGAGGGCUCCUUUCUGCUGAAAUGCUGUGCGUGUUUCUCGCAGGUCUUUAGUUGAUUCUGAUCAGAUGAAGUGCUGUUAACUGAAGGGUUCGCUGUGUCAGUCUCUCUAGUAUGUGUGUGAGGAAUGUGUCACGAGUGUGAGAUGAAGAACAGCUUUCAGGUCUUUUACAUGAUGAUAAUCUAUGAUCAUUUACUUUUGACCAGCAAUCUAAAUAUGACUGUGAAUAAUGCAGGAACAUGGUGAAGAUCUCCUGUUUUGUUAAGGUUUGUAUUCUGGUUAUUACAUGCACGUAGAUGAUUACUGCCAAUAAACAAGAAUAGAAACACAGAAGCAUUUUAGGUGAUUUUUUGGUGCUGUUUCCAGUUAGUUCAGGGUUUGUUUAGAAGACUAGAGAUGAAAGAGUCACAGAGACAGCGUGGGAAAAUGAGUGUUCACUCGCAUAAAUACAUGAAAUGAUUUGAUCAGAGUUUUGGUGGUGAUGUAAAGGUUUUUUGAGUCUAAUUUGUGGCUCAGGUUAACAGUGCAAGACAGAACUUGCCUCCUAACCACCGUCUGCUGGCCGGACAGCUUCUCUCUCUGCCUCAUUCAGUACUGUGUAAUUAUCCCACACACGGUCACAAACAUCCCUGCUGUAGAGGAAUGGUUAUAGUGUCCUGAAGAGUCCAACCAGAGGAAAAAUAUGAAGGAAUGAUCUGAGAGUGAAUUACCCACUGAACACAAUCACGCACAAGAAUGCGCAUUAAAUAUACCAUUUCUAUCAUCUUUAUUGUGGCUCUGGUCAUCAUAGAAAAGGAAAACAACAUUAUUUCAAAGGUGUCUGAUAAACUGAGCCCCAGACUGACCCCGCUGCUGAUGCUCAGUGCUUCUCUCCUGUCUGCUGCACAGCACAAUGUCUCGACGGACAGCUCGGCCCAUCAACACCUGAGUAGUCUGCAGAACUCGACUCAGAGCAUCCAGCUGAGCGCGGCGUCCGCAGCCGGAGGACGUAAACACAUCCUUCUGCUGGCCACGACUCGCACCGGCUCCUCGUUCGUGGGAGAGUUUUUUAACCAGCAGGGCUCCAGCAUGUUUUACCUGUUCGAGCCGCUGUGGCACGUGGAGCGCAUGCUGACGGUCGAAAGCGGUGGCACCAACGCGUCGGUCGCGGGGCCAGCGUAUCGAGACGUGCUGCGACAGCUGCUCCUGUGUGACUUCUCACUGCUGGAGAGCUUCAUCGAGCCACCACCGCAGGAUCAUGUUACCCCUGCGCUCUUCCGGCGCGAGUCCAGCCGCUCACUGUGCGAGGAUCCUGUCUGCACGCCACUGGUCAGGAAGGUGUUUGAGCGAUACCACUGCCGUGAGCGCCGCUGUGGGCCGCUCAACCUGACGCUGGCCGCUCAGUCCUGUGCACACAAGCAGCAUCGUGCCAUCAAGUCCGUCCGUGUGCGGCAGCUGGAGACACUCCGGCCGCUGGCAGAGGACCCCAGGCUCGACAUGACCUUCAUUCAGCUGGUCAGAGACCCUCGCGCCGUCCUUGCCUCACGCAUGGUGGCCUUCUCCAGCAAGUAUGACGUUUGGAAGCGUUGGGCCAUGGAUGGAGACCUUCCGGUGGACGAGGAUGAAGUAAGGAAGCUCAAAGGAAACUGUGACAACAUCCGCAUGUCUGCUGAGAUCGGACUGAAGCAGCCACCGUGGCUUCGUGGGCGCUACAUGCUAGUGCGCUACGAAGACAUUGCGCGAUUCCCCAUGCGCAAAGCUGCAGAGAUGUAUGACUUCAUAGGCAUUCCCUUCACUGCAAAGGUGGAGGAGUGGAUCCUAAAAAAUACCCAAGCAUCUAAGGAGGUCAGUGGAGUUUAUUCCACCCAAAAGAACUCCUUGGAGCAGGUGGAGAAAUGGAGGUUUAGCAUUCCCUUCAAACUUGUGCAGCUGGUGCAAAAAGUG